AUGCUAUUGUUCUGGUUAUCUAUGGACCUCAGUGGCUGGCUCAAAUCUAAACACGUGCAAGGCUUAGAGCUCCACGAUGCUCACAAGGCACUCAACAAGACCAGAGUAUCCGAGAUGGUGGAUGCCGCCCGGUCAGCUCUCAAGGCAUCAGGGGGCGGGCCGUUGUUCCUCGCGCUGCCCUCGCACCCUGAACUCCUGGCUAAAUAUUACGACCUGAGGACUUUGAUGAAGAAAGUCGAUUUGAUGAUGGUGCAGACUCACGCUCUCGGUGUUGAUUCCGUCGUAGAUUUGGUCGUAGGCCUCGGAGUUCCAGCUUCGAAGGUUGUGAUAAGCUUGUCGGCGACUGCACAAAAAUUCACCCUCAUGAAUGAGACCCUCAGUACUCCUGGUAGUCCCACCGCAGAAAGUGAUCCCAAAGAGAUCGACCAAUCAGAACUUUGCAGACUUCUGCAGAAAGGCAGGUGGACACUGGAACGUGACCAGGACCUCUCUGCACCUUACGCAUUUAGAUCUCUUGAACACGAGAUCCUGUCGGCUCUGGGGCACGCUCGAGCAUUGGACGCUCUACAAGUGUCGCCGUACCGCAUAACACAAGUUGUUGAUUCUGAUGGUGUCAUUCAUUCGAUCAGAGAGGAUACGAGGACUGAAUUCACUUGCUCCAGACAAGGUUACUUCGUGCAUCCGCGAUCAUGCGCCAGGUUUUAUCGCUGCGUCAAGUUCGAUCAACUAUCGCCUGAAUAUACUGUAUUCGAGUUCGAUUGUCCUGGUGGUCUGGCGUUCGACUCCCGGUACGAGGUGUGCGUGUGGCCCGGCAGCUUGCCGCACUCGCAAGCCUGUCCGGGGUCAUCGGAGAUAGCCCCAGUUCCGCAUACCAGAUUCAUCUGCCCAGAACACGAAGGAUACUACGCCGAUCCUGAGAAUUGCCGUUGGUUCUUCGCAUGCUUAGAUCACGGCAAGUCGCCACUGACCGCAUACGAAUUCCGUUGUCCAUUCGGUCUGGGCUUCGAUGCGGCGAGACUUAAAUGCGAUUGGCCGUGGCUGGUGCCCGCAUGCGGGAACAUCGCCAGAUAUGAGGCGGAAGCGCACGGAUUCUCCUCCGCUAUACUCACAGGUUAGUUCCAGAGUUCAAUUUUUGUAUCAUUUUAGCGACAUCUAUCUCCCUGCAUUAGAACGUCACAAUCAACGACAGGACGGAUGCUUUCAAGUUCCAUUGAAGAAUCAUGAAAUGGUGUCGCGAUUAUAUUGUGAAAUACCUCGUUUGGAGUUGUUUGGAUUGCUUGAGACCCGAGAAAACAGGAUCACUACCUUUGGUGA